ACAAGAAGAUCCUGGAACUCAUGUCCAACAUCAUCCAGCUGCUGACUGGAGAGGUUGCCAUAAGGACUGAUCAUGUUUCCAUCUAUUUUUCCUUGGACGAGUGGGACUAUAUAAAAGGAAACAAGGACCUUUAUGAGGAAGGGAUAAAAGAGGAGCCCCAGCAGCUUCACUCACUGGCCAGUGACUCUAAAGAUGAGAGCAAUGUUACAGAACAUAUGGAAGUAACAUUAGGCUGUAAUAAUGAUGGAAAUCUCACUGAAAUGUCUCCAGUCGAACAGUCUCCACCAGCCAAUGGGAUUAAAGAGGAAGUGACUUCAUGGGAAAUGGGAAACCAAUCAGAUUGCAGCAUUAAUCCAUUUACAGAACAGAUACAGGGAACAGAUACACCUACUCCUAUCAUGGGAUGCAGCCUGAAUAACAGCUCGGCAGAGGAUUAUAUAUCAGUUGUUAUUAAAGAGGAAGAGGCUUCAUGGGAAGAAGAAAAGCAACUUGCAGAACAAACACAAGCAACAGACACAUCGACUCUCAUGGGGCAGAGCCUGAAUCGCAGCUUGAUCCCCAACGAUACAUCAGAUGCUAUUAAGAAAGAAUUGGUUUUAUGGGAAACUGAUCAUAAUUACAGCAAAAUAAAUAAAAUUAGAAGACCUACACCACAAACAGAUAACUUAGCUCCUUUUAUGGGCUGCAGCCUGAAUAAUAACUCACAAGAUGAUUAUGUAACGUUUGUUAUUAAGGUGGAAUCAGCUUCAUGUGCAGAGGGGAACCAAUCAGAUUGCAGCAUUAAUCCACUUACAGAACAGAUACAGGAAAAAGAUCCACCUACUCCUAUCAUGGGAUGUAGCCUGAAUAACAGUUUGGCAGAGGAUUAUAUAUCGGUUGUUAUUAAAGAGGAAGAAGCUGAUACACCUAUUCCUAUCAUGCAGUGCAGCCUGGCUAGCAUCCCAUGUAAUAAAUCUGAUGAAAAUGCAGAUACAUCACCACAUAAAUCUCACAUAACAAAAAAUGCAUUACAAGUACAUAAAAAAAACAGCUGCGUUGUAAGUCAUAAGAGAGACUUUGAUAGAUGUCAAAUAACCCACAUGGGAGAGAAACCAGUUUCCUGUUCUGAAUGUGGGGAAUAUUUUGCUACUUUAUCUGAACUUACUAGCCAUCAGCGAACCCACUCAGGGGAGAAACCAUUUUCUUGUUCUGAAUGUGGGAAAUGUUUUUCAAAGCGAUCUCAGUUGAAUCGUCAUCACAGAAUUCACACAGGGGAAAAACCGUUCUCCUGUUCUGAAUGUGGAAAAUGUUUUCCUAAACCAUCAGACCUUAUUCUUCAUCAACGAAGAGCCCACACAGGGGAAAAACCAUUUUCUUGCUCUGAAUGUGGAAAAUGUUUUGCCGACUCGUCAGACCUUAUUGUCCAUCGGAGAAUUCAUACAGGGGAGAGACCUUUUUCUUGUUCUGAAUGUGGGAAAUGUUUUAUUAAAUCAUCGGCACUUGCAAACCAUCGGAGGACUCACACAAAAGAGAAACCAUAUUCUUAUUCUGAAUGUUUUUUAAAUCAAUGGUCGCUUGAUUGUCAUCACAGAACCCACACGGAGGCAAAACCAUUCUCUUGUCCUGAGUGUGGGGAAUGCUUUGCCACUGCUGCAUAUUUUACUGUCCAUCAACAAACCCACACGGGAGAGAAACCAUUUUCUUGUUCUGAAUGUGGGAAAUGUUUUACUGAAUCGUCCGAACUUGCUGUCCAUCUCAGAACUCACGCCGGAGUGAAAAUGUUUUCCUGUUCUGAAUGCGGCAAAUUGUAUUCAAACCGACGUAGCCUCAGUCGCCAUCACAAAACCCACACAGGAGAGAAACCAUUCCUUUGCUCUGAGUGUGGGAAAUGUUUUGCCACUGCUGGAUACUUUACUGUCCAUCAACGAACCCACACAGGAGUCAAACCAUUUUCUUGUUCUGAAUGUGGGAAAUGUUUUAGCCAUCAAUCAAGCCUUAAUGUACAUAAAAGAUCCCACACCGGAGAGAAACCAUUUUGUUGUCCUGAGUGUGGGAAAUGUUUUGCCUCUUCAUCAAAACUUAGUAUACAUCUGAGAACUCACACAGGAGAGAGACCCUUUUCCUGCUCUGAAUGUGGCAAAUGUUUUUCAAAACGAUCUCACCUUUGUCGCCAUCGUAGAACCCACGAAAUAAUGAAAACAGCUUGGCAGAUAAUUAUAAAUUCGUUUUUGUUAAAGAAGAAGCGGCUUCAGGUGAAAGAGGAAAAGCACCUUGCAGAACAAACACAAGCUACAGACACAUCAACUCUCAUAGAACAGAGCCAGAAUAGCAGCUGGUUUACUAGGGAUGCAUCAGAUGAUAUUAAAGAAAAACUGAGUUCAUGUGAUAUUGACCAUAAUUAUUGCAAAAUAAAUACAGACCGCACACUGGGAACAUACAAAUCAAAUCCUAUCAUGGGCUGCAGUCUGAAUAACUCAGAAGAACUGGCCUCAUCUGAAGAAGAUCACCAUCUUUCAGAUCAAACACAAGGAUCAAAUACAUUGACUGUCAUGGGGUGGAGUCUUGAUAACAGCACAUCAGGGCAGAUACAGGGAACAGAUACACCUACUCCUAUAAUGGGAUCCAGCCCUGUAAAAAUGAAUGGCAAUAAAUAUGAAAAUGCUAUUCCAUCCCUCCAUAAACCUCGCAUGCCAAUAAAUACAUUAUUUGAUAACCAUAAAAGAACCCACACUGAAGAGAAACCUUAUUCUUGUUCUGUUUGUGGGAAAUGUUUUUCAAACCAAUCUCGCUUUAAAGAACAUCAGAGAACCCACAUGGGAGAGAAACCUUUUUCGUGUUCUGAAUGUGGGAAAUGUUUUUCUACUUCAUAUAUACUUACUGUCCACAGACGGACCCACACAGGAGAGAAACCUUUUUCUUGUUCUGAAUGUGGGAAAUGUUUUCCCACUUCUUCACGACUUACUGUCCACAGACGGACCCACACAGGAGAGAAACCAUUUUCUUGUGACAAAUGUGGAAAAUAUUUUGCUUCUUCAUCACAACUUACUGUACAUGGACGAAGCCACACAGGAGGGAAACCUUUUUCUUGUUCCGAAUGUGGGAAAUGUUUUGUCACUUCAUCAAAACUGACUGCCCAUAGACGAAUCCACACAGGAGAGAAGCCUUUUUCUUGUUCUGAAUGUGGAAAAUGUUUUGCAGACCGGCCUCGCCUUAUAGAACAUUACAGAAUCCACACAGGAGAGAAACCUUUUUCUUGUUCUGAAUGUGGGAAAUGUUUUCCCACUUCUUCACAACUUACUGUCCACAGACGGUCCCACACAGGAGAGAAACCAUUUUCUUGUUCUGAAUGUGGGAAAUGUUUUCCCACUUCUUCACAACUUACUGUCCACAGACGGUCCCACACAGGAGAGAAACCAUUUUUUUGUGACAAAUGUGGAAAAUAUUUUGCUUCUUCAUCACAACUUACUGUCCAUGGACGAAGCCACACAGGAGGGAAACCUUUUUCUUGUUCUGAAUGUGGGAAAUGUUUUGUCACUUCAUCAAAACUGACUGCCCAUAGACGAAUCCACACAGGAGAGAAACCUUUUUCUUGUUCUGAAAGUGGAAAAUGUUUUGCAGACCGGCCUCACCUUAUAGAACAUCACAAAAUCUGUGGAAGAAACCACAAAGCAGGGAAACCUUUUUCUUGUUCCGAAUGUGGGAAAUGUUUUGUCACUUCAUCAAAACUGAUUGCCCAUAGACGAAUCCACACAGGAGAGAAAAAUUUUUCUUGUUCUGAAUGUGGAAAAUGUUUUGCAGACCGGCCUCACCUUAUAGAACAUCACAGAAUCCACACAGGAGAGAAACCUUUUUAUUGUUUAGAGUGUGGGAAAUGUUUCUCCUCUUCAUCAGGACUUCAGAGUCAUCAACAACAUAUCCACAGCGGAGAGAAACCUUUUUCUUGUUCUGAAUGUGGGAAAAGCUUUGUCACUUCAUCAGACCUUACUGUCCAUCAACGACGAAUCCACACCGGAGAGAAACCUUUUUCUUGUUCUGAAUGUGGCAAAAGCUUUGCCACUUCAUCACAACAUACUGCCCAUCGACGACGAAUGCACACAGCCGAGAAACCUCUUUCUUGUUCAGAAUGUGGGAAAUGUUUUUCAUAUCAAGUAGACCUUAAAAAUCAUCACAGAACCCACACGGGAGAGAAACCUUUUUCUUGUACUGAAUGUGGGAAAUGUUUUUCAUAUCAAACAGACCUCAAAAAUCAUCACAGAACCCACACGGGAGAAAAACCCUUUUCUUGUUCUGAAUGUGGGAAAUGUUUUACACAUCGCAAUAGUCUAAAAAUGCACUUUCAGAUUCACACACGUGUUAAACCAUAAUUGUAUUGUCAUUGUGUGAAAUGUUUUACAAAUCAGGCAUCAGGCAAACAUCAAUUAUAUCUUAAUAUGCAAUUUCAAAUUGUUUUGCCACUUCAUCUGAUCUGUUUACAUGCAAUAAAUCCACACAGGGGAGAACCUAUUUUAAUGUUCUGAAUGUGGGAAAUGUUUUGCAAUUAACCAUAGUCUAAUGAGCAGAUUUAUCAAACUUCUAAUUUCGAAUUGAUGUUAAUGUUUUUUUUCUCUAAUAAAUUUGAAUAUACUCGAAUGGAAGGAUAUUUAAGAAUA